AGCGGUCAAGCCCUUUCCAUUCCCGCGCUCCACCAUCUUCGACCUCGAGAAAAGGUUCGCGUCUCCAACUGUAGACUAUGGCGGCAGAGGUGGAGGAGGAAGAGGUCGAGAUGGAGUCCACCGACGCCGCCUCUGGGAGACCGAUCCCCUUCCAGCUUCAACUCGACAAGCCCCUCCCCUUCCAGAUUUCGAUCGCGGAGUGGAACCCGGAGAAGGACCUGCUUGCUAUGGUCACCGACGAUUCUAAGGUGGUCUUGCAUCGCUUCAACUGGCAGAGGCUUUGGAUGAUCUCACCAGGCAAAUGCAUUACAUCUCUUUGUUGGCGUCCUGAUGGGAAAGUGAUUGCUCUUGGUAUCGAAGAUGGUUCCAUUCUAUUGCAUGAUGUUGAGAAUGGAAAGUUAUUAAGGAGCAUUAAAUCGCAUUCUGUAGCUGUCAUCUAUUUGAACUGGGAGGAAGAUUCACACGCUGCAAUGGAAGAUGUUGACAAUGCUUUUGUUUAUGAAGACCGCACAAGUCGUUUCUUCCCUCCUGCUCCUAGAAUUCCUCGUAUGCCUGGUUUGGGUGCUGGAGAUGCUGGUCUCAUGGACGACUAUGAAGAUACUUUUCAUGAAUUUUCUACUUCUCCAGGUCAACAUUUUAAUGUGUUGUCUAGUGGUGAUAAAGAUGGCUCCAUUUGCUUCAGUAUCUUUGGAAUAUUUCCAAUUGGAAAAAUUAACAUUCAUCAGCUUCCUAUCCGAGCAACACUUCCAAACAGGAUUGCUACCUUGCAGAUUUUAAAUGCUUCCAUACAGAAGUUGGCAUUGUCAAAAAAUUUAUCUCAGCUAAUUGUUCUAUGCUUUGGAGAGCUUGUUGAAGACUUUGUUGAAUCAAAAUCCAAGUCUAUACAGAGAGUUGAACAUUUUGAGCUGCAGAGUUCAUCAGUCAACCGGGUUUCUUCAGUAGGGUUGCACUGUUUUGUUCUUAAAACAUCUAUAUUUCUUGACAGAAAAAAUGAACUUCAUCAGGUUGCCCAACAAGCUUCAAGUAUUGAAGAUUUGGUUGAGGUUGUCCGUGCUUCCUUGUCAGUUAUGUCCAAGCAUUGGUCUGAAGCCAUGCAUUCAUUCCAUGAGAAAUUUGAUCCUCUAUCAUCUUUGAUUGUAGAUCAUGGUUUGUUUUCCACUCCACAAGAUGAGUUUCUAAGUGUGUUAUUUGGGGCGAGGACAAGUCCACCACUUCAUCAAUUUCUAGCCAAUACACUUGGUGAAGCGGGUCUGAAGCGUGUUUCUAAGGCUGUUGAUUGUGCUGGAAAAGAGUUGCAUUCUGUUAUUCAUGAACAUCUUCAGCCUGCUGUAGAGAUCAUUGGAUUUCGAAUUGCAGAAUUGCGAGGCCUUUCUCGAUGGCGUGCACGCUAUCGUGUUAUUGGACUGGAUGAGAAGCUUAUUGAUAAUGCAACAAAGAAGGCUGGCAUGUUGCUUGUGCAAGUUGAAAGGUUUUCGAGGAUUCUUGUGAUUGUAUUACAUCUGUUACAAAAUUUUUUCAAUUGGGUUUUGAGGUCUAUUAAAAUAUUAAUGUCCGAGCCAAUUGAUCAAGUACAGUCAGCAAACAGCGAACUCAUUGUGGUGUUCUUGAAAUUUGUGCUCAAUCAUGAUCCAGUUGGGGAGUUGAUGGAUGCCACUAAAACAAUUGAUGUUGAUGGGGAAAUUAUGGAGCGACUUGAGGAGUUGGUGAUAUUUGGAGGAUAUGCGGAUACUAAGUACUUGGAAAGAAACUUAUUAAAUGAAUUUAAUCAGAUGGAGCAAUGCUUCAAGGAGGCUUUCCUUCAUCAGUUUACGACUGUUUCACAAAAGAUACACUGUGAAGGUCUGAUGCCACUAUAUGAAUUCAGAUACUCAACUCAAUUUUCGUCACCAGCUGCCCCUACAUCAAUAGUGUACUACAAGGGCAACUAUGGUUCAGAGUCCACAAAUUUGAAUAAUCUUAUUGACUACACUUGCUUUAAAGUACCUAAUGAAUCACUUGAGUUGACAAACUGUAUCGGCAUCAUGAGGGGUUUCACUAAUGCUGUAAAUCCUCUUCAAAAGCAAACACAUUGCCCUGAAGCUGUUCUUUUACGUGUACCAGAAGCAUUUCAUUGCGUGGAUCUCUCUUUUUAUAAGGAAAACCAGCUUAUUCUUUUACUUAACGAGGCAACCUCCACAUCUGAUAGUGCAAUGAGAUCAUUGAUUAUGAUGGUGCAACUUGAUGAUCUUUGCUUUCUGCCACUUUCAAGAGAAGUACCUGAAAUCUGGGCAAUUCACUGUUUGAAGGCUUCUGCUGUAGACAUGCAUCUGGAAAAUGGAAAAGUGCGCUAUGUCCCUGAUCCUGUUUCUCGCCCAUUGGCUGUUAGUGCUUCUAGGGGUCUCGCAUGCGUUUUUACAUCGAGAAGCCAUGCCAUGGUGUAUAUACUCGAUGAAGAUGAAGACGAGGACGAGGCUUCUGGUGCCUAAUGAUGCUAUAACCAUCGGUGGAAGUCAUGGAUCAAAUUGUUAUUAAUUAUUCUGCACACUUUGAUGGGGUUGGCUGAAUUCUUCAGGGACUGACUUCGUUCUUAGAUUUUACUUACUAGUAUGGCAGAUAAAUAUUUAUAACAUUUGCUAAGCAUAAAUGUAGAACUAUAAAGUACGUUUAGCUACUUUUAUUUUAUUGUCGCGAUAACAUCCGAAAAACAUUUAAUUAUGGUCUCAAUUUCAUUAUUUAUUUUCUUAUCGAACUCUGACAAAAUAUGCGUCAAGGAUAGAUGUGUCAAGAAACAUGUGUAUCUAGGUGGCAAAGGUUCUAUAAAUAAAUUAAUCAUUUGAAAGAAUCUUCCUCAAAA